AGUUGAGUCAGGGCGUCCCUGUGGAAGAGAGCAUGGGAAAAGAGUAGUGGAGCGUCGUUUUCUUUCGCUGCGCGCUGAUCCCAGCGAUGCUGCCACUCAGGUGUUGCAUGCUGAAGAGUCCCGACGCGCUGUGAGAGAGCUUUGGCCCCCGAUAGGAUGAAGGCUCGAUCUGCGGCUGGAAACGAGGGGAAAUGAAGAUGAAGAUAAGAGUGUGCCAAGGGGUUAGUGGCAUCAUCAUCGUCACCAUGGUUACCAGUUUCAUGUUGGUGUACAACAGCAGCUCUGGUGACAGAUCAUCUUCCUCAUCAUCAUCACCUUCCCACCGUUCAGAUGGUCCUGUUCCAUCCACAAAAAAGCCAGAGAGGCCACAGAGACGACUCCCAACACCAACACUUGAGGGGUACACAGGUGUCAUGGAUCAUAAGCCUCUGAAGAUGCACUGCAGGACUUGUGCCCUGGUGACCAGCUCCGGCCAGCUAACUGGGAGGAAGAGAGGUGAAGAAAUCGACCGCUCUGAGUGUGUAAUCCGUAUGAAUGACGCUCCCAGCAUAGGCUAUCAGCAGGAUGUUGGCCAACGCACAAGCCUGCGUGUCGUAGCUCACUCUAGCCUGCAGAGGGUGCUGCGGAGCCGACAGGAGCUGCUCAACGCGAGCCAAGACACAGUGUUCAUCUUCUGGGGACCCAGCAGUUGCAUGAGACGGGAUGGAAAAGGCCACGUUUACAACAGCCUCAGGCUGUUAAACCAGCUACUUCCCAAACUUAAAGUCUACAUCAUUUCCCGGAUCAAAAUGCUGAAGUUUGAUGAACUAUUUAAAAAGGAAACAGGAAUUGAUAGGAAGAGUUCCAACUCCUGGCUGAGUACCGGCUGGUUCACCAUGGCCAUAGCCCUGGAGCUGUGUGACAGGAUCAACGUGUAUGGCAUGGUGCCACCUGAUUUCUGCAGAUCCUCCUCCCAUCCCCCCGUGCCGUAUCAUUACUACGAGCCCUCGGGGCCCAAUGAGUGCGCCAUGUAUCUCUCCCACGAGAGGAGCCGACGAGGAAGCCACCACCGCUUCAUCACAGAGAAGACGGUGUUUGCAAACUGGGCUCGAACCCUCAACAUCCGUUUUUACCAGCCAGACUGGAAGCCUGCUGCUGUCAUCACCAGCAUGAACAGCUCGUACACUCCAGUUCCAGCUGGAUCCUGAGAUUCACUCCAGAGACGAUCCCCAGGAGUGCGGAAUAUGUGUGUGGACAAUUUCCAGCGUGCAGAUUCCUUCUCUGGCUGAUAUGAAUGAGACAGCAGUAGGAGAGAACAAGCUGCUGUUGUGGCUGUUAGCCUACUGCCUAAGUAGCUUGGCAGAAUGGGAUCAUUGCAUAAUAGCAGCACAAAGCCUCAACAAUGUUUUGGAAGAGUAACUAUAAUAGUUUCAUGCUGGAAUCAAAGCCAUGGAGGCUGGCUCAAGUGUGUUUUUUUUACUCUGUGUAGAGCUUCUUUAAUAACACUCAAGCUGUCACACUCAAGCUGUGAGACAGACAAUGAGACAGUACACCACUGCAAUAACUGCAGUAUGAUUGAUUCAUUUUUAUAAAACUGAAUACUGAUUCAGUGACGACACUGAGGUCUUGUCCUCGUUGCUUCUGGGAAUGUGGCAGUUUUAAUGACCUGAGGAGGAGUUUAUACUUUCCAGUUUCACACAAAUUAAACAUUGUGUUUUUUCAAAGCAGAUUGUGAUAGUCACUAUCUUUAACUUCACUUUUGCUUUAUUUGUACAUUUACCCCUUUUCAACAAUACAAUAUUCACAAUACAGACAACAACGACAACACAGAGAAAAAAGUGUGACAAUUGCAGAAACCCCAUAUUUAGGAUAUAGUUGUAACACACAGCCUAUUCAUACUGUAUGUGUGAAUGACAGAACAAGCCCAUCACAUUUCAGUAUGCCACUUAUAUCACAAACAUAGGAGUAUACGCCAAUGAAUUGAAGGAUUUAGGUAAAAAAAAAAAACUGAAACAAUACAAACAAGCAAAAAAGCAGACAUAGUACUGCUUACUGUUAUAUACAGUAUGUACCUCAAACAGAUAGAAGGUUAAUUUGUGACGUUUACUAUUUUUUCAGAGCCUAUAGAUUAAGGUCUUCACUUGUCUUAUUUUGAUCUGACAAACAGUCCAAAAUCCAAAGAGAUUCAAUUUACAAUGAUAUAAACCAGAGAAAAACAACAAACUGUCUCAUUGGAGAAGCUGAAAGCAGUGAAUGUUUGCCAUUUUUGACUAGUCAAUUAAUCGACUAAUCAUUUCAGCGCUAGUUCUGCUACAAAUAUAUGAGAGCACUUCAAAUAUUAAUGUGCAGCAAUGAUUUAAAGAGAUGCAUGACAAGAACAUAUGAUCCAUUGUUGGAAAAUGUAACAACAAUUAGACAAUAAAAUGUGAAAAUAAUUUUAAUUAAUCAGACAUUUUUUUGGUCAUUAGUCCGUUCAUUUAGACUCUUGGCAUCAGUAUUUCUAAAAUCUACCCGGAAUGAACUACAUCAUGGUAAAAUGUGGCGAAACAAAAAAAAACCCCAUUAAAUCCAAGAACAAUUUAGCAAGUGAUCACUCAAAGCAGUACGUUCAGGUUAGAAACGCAUUUGGCAACUUUGAAAAUGAAAAACGUGUUAAAAAUGACAAGUGUAGUAAUUCUGAUUUCAUUGUGUAUACUUGAGAUGCAUUUUAAAAUCAUGUGUAAAUAUAAUCCUCCUAAAUCAAAUUAGACUCAAUCCAGAUUAAAGGAGCAUGUUAAUAAACUAUUAUUUUGUUCCCUUGCUCUGCAACAGAUGGCCCCUCAGAAAAGCCCAUGUGUCUGAUACUCUAGGCCAUGAUUUGUCCUCUCAUUAAAGCCAAAUGUCAGAACAAGCCCUCAAAGGCAUUCCCUUGACUACAGAGCGAGUCAGCCACUGUAAUACUGAUACAAAUAAUUACAUUGUGUGUGUGUGUGUGUGUGUGGGGGGGUUAGCAAGGGAUUAUUACUGUGUAGUGCUGUGCUAUCCAACUGUAUCUCCAGGGUGAGCAGAGCAGCUAGUAUAAUGCAGAAUUCAAGAUGUGCCAUCCUGCAGAGGGGGCUGAAAAAAAGACAUUGACUGCUGGCUUCCUGUGUUCAUUCAGAUUUUACCACGAGCGCCUGUACUCAGGUGGAAUCUUAAUGUUGUAAUGUUCUCAGGUGCUCUGAGAAAAGCCCAUGCAGUGCUGGGGUGUCAUGCUAAGUGCACUGGCUGCUCCUGAGAUCUGUGCUGUGUGCUCUGCACACCAAUUACUGGCCCUUCAGGUAGAAAGGUUGGAUUUUAAAGGCUUCAAAGGACAAGCUGGCUGCAAAUGAGCCUGCCGGUGCUGUCUUAAAUGCAUGCUCGAGGCGACAUCAUGAUUUUCAUUGACCUUGGAAAGACAAAUAAUGAUUCUGAGGUUCUUGGAGCCAGAAGGAAGUUACAGGCAUUUUGGGUAAAAUUGAGAUGUAUAUAUUUAGGCUCUUGAUGUGUGGUAAUUUGUGUAUUUACACAUUAACUUUUCAGUAAAGUAUAUUUGAAAAUUAUGAAUGGAAUACCUUUUAGUGAUUUUCGAACAGCAUUUAAUACAAGACAAAACAAAUGCAGCUUUUUACAAUAUGAUAAAAAGAAUCAGAUAGGGUGACAAAACAUCUUAUGGCAACUUCCACAGCACUGCAUUCUUUGAAUUGUGUUUUUUUCCCACGUAUGGUUUUCAUUUAGCACACUAUUGCACUGAAUUGUGAGCCGUGUGCUGAACAGUACAAUAUGAUAUUAUAAGAUAUGAUUUACUGGUUUUAAUAAAGAAGUUUUAGGGCUUAUUAUUCUCACACACCACCAGAAACAGUGCAAAACAUAAUAAAUCCUUGUAUUUUUCAUCAAGAAUAAAUCUCAACCUAAUCCCCAAAUUUUUAAUUUCCAUUACCAAAGUUCCAGUCUUGUGUGUCUAAUACUCCUAAACAUCCAUGUGUGUUUGGCUGUGACACAUCUGUAAAUAGAGCAGCAGGACAAACUCACACUCUCAUCUCCUCAGCAGCAAUUGUGAUGUGACACACAUCACACGGAACCACAUACCUGCUGUUGAUAAGCACAGUGUUGCAAACUGAGUCACAGAUCUGCCGUAUUCAUGAUAGCAGGCUGUAAAGUAAUAAUGGAGCUUUAUCAGCAAGCCUGCAAAAAAUGCCAUCAUCCUAUGAAGCCAAAAUGUUUUAGAGAUAAGAAUUGAUGAAUGAGCUCUCUGAUUCAUAACAUGUCACCAAAGAUUUGACUUUUACAAAGUAGCCAGAAUCCAAUAAACCAAAUGGUUAAUUUAAUUUAAAUACCAGGCUGUGUUAUGAGUCUGCACUGACACCUGGUGGUCUCAUUGUGUCUCAGCAUUUUCUGUUCAGGCUCCACAACCUAAAAUCACUGAUCACAGAAGCUUUGAUAAAUGUGUUAUGUAUACAAUAGAAGUGUAACAUAAUGUAGGAGUGCAGCAGUUUAAGAAUGUGUAAUAGUGUAACAAGUAAAAUUGAAAUCACAUUAAAAAAAGAUUUCUGGCUUUGAAAGUUGAUCAGAAAAGACCAAUUUAAAAUACUGUAUAUGGUUUAGAAACAGAUUGGAUGGUUCAAGGCUGUCUUUUGGCCUUGAGGGCUUCAUAGUGCUGCUGCUUUCUUUAUCUGUAUUCAUAAGGUGAAUAAAGAUGACUGCUUUAUCAAUCAUAUGGCCGUUUUUAAAAUCACUACCCACUCAAUUACAGUGACAAUAUCAGGUAUUUUAAUGCUUGCAACUAUUUAAUUAAAUUUAAUUAAACACCACUGUUAGAUGUGAAUGUCUAGCUGAAGUGAUUGUCUCUUUUUUGCCAGGUUUACAAGACUGACAUUUUACUUUGUGUUAAGUUUCAUGACCCUUACACAGACAGUUUUCUAUCUUCAAAAAGGAAUGAAUAACUGAGUGAUGAUACAUGGGCAGCUGUAUCAUCGGAUAGAGAGCGUGCACUCCACUUGUUGUCAAUUGUUGUAUCUUGUCCCAUUGCUUGCAUUGCUCUGCAGCACCACAGCUACCGUAUGUGUCAGAGCAUGAAAGGAGGAGAAAAAGUGAUGACCAAGAAAUGGUUUGUUUUGCAGUUUUUUAUUUUAAUUUAAACUUUUGCAUGCUUUUGUCCAUAUGGUCUUAACAUUAUUUUGGGGAGCAUUUUUCACCUUUAUUUGGCAGUUGAUGUGGAAGAGGGACAGGAAAUGUCAGGGGAGAGAUAAAGAGAGGUGGCAACAUGCAACAAAGGUCCUGAGUUGAAAUAAAACCAGGUAUGUCGUGGUACAUGAUUUGCACAAGGCACCGCAGGAGGAUCGUAUCACUGUAUUAGAUAUAUUUCCAUAUUCUAUAUGCUCUUUGUAAAAGGACAGAAGACCAAACACAUACUAAGAAGUAUAGCACUACUUAAGGUGAAAUAGUGGAGGAAAUUAAUAAAAGAAACAGACUUCUAAUGACUCACAAUAAUAUUUUGUUGCCCAGUUAUCGUUGGGCAUAAAUCUACAUAAAACCAGUGAUUCGACACUCCAUGCUUUCUCCCUCAAAUCUGUGGCAGAUGUUGUUGGGAUUUUUACUUUUAGGCAGGCAGACAGACAUUUUUGUGGUGUCCACAGAGUAGGAUGGAACAAUCUAGCAAUGAGUGCCUGCAGCAGAGGCUUUUAAGCUGAGAGUAGAUGAGAUGAUUGGAGUCAGGUGUGGAGCUGAACCAGAUGCCAGGAGAAGUAGCCGCACCCACAGCACACACACCCACACAAAAACACAAACAGGGGAGGAGGAGACUAGGAAAACCCAGAGACAGCAUGCGCUUCUAUAACAUUGUCACACUCACAAUGGACAUUUUAAAAAGUCAAAUUAAUGUGGCAGAGAUAUGGUCAUUUUUUAUUCCACAAAUUCCUUUUCCUUGUCAAAACAUGUUGCCUAUUACCCACAAUGUAACUCAACCGCUGACUGUUUCGUUAGUGGUUCAUGUGUUUUAUGCUUGUAGAUGCUAAUGUUUUAUGUUUAUGUUUUUUGUGACUGUUUUAUUUUACUAUUUUUUAAAGCCCCUAUUUGUAGGAUUUGGAAAUGUCUGACUUUAGCGACUCCUAGAGGUAGUUAAAAAAAGACACUGGGGCAGACAGCAUUAAAAACUUUCAGGUAUUGUGUUCUGUUGUCUCCAAAAAUGAACACGCACUAACAGUCUUUCUACUGUACAACAUCCCUUGCCAAAUAAGGUCUGGCAUUGGUGAGAUCAUUUUCAAUAUCUACAUAUCUGCAUAUCUUUUGCAUGUCCAUAAAUAUUUUCAUUAUCAAGAUCUCUGGAAUGAACUGGAAACUAAACUUCACCAUGACUGCUGUCAUCUGAAUUCAUACUGCAUCAUUUGACAUAACAUGAACAUUAAAAUAUACUUGAAUAUGUGUGUAAAUCUUGUCAGAUAUAUAAGAUGCAUUUAUUAAAUCACAAGAGUAU